AUGGAUGUAGCGUCUUCGUCGUUUGAGCCUCCGACGAACGCCAUGUCCCGCCUGGCUCGGAGAAUCGAGCGCUGCUGCUGCACCUGCCUCGGCCUCUCUCCUUUAGCUUUUGUAUACGGCCUCACAACAUGGGGAGUCUGGGUGAUUGUCAGCAUAGGAUCGUCAAAGACAUCUGUCAGUUGGAUAGGCACCACCUCUUCCCUCCUCGGCGUCAUUCUCUAUCUCCUUCUCAACUGGGCAUACACCACAGCCGUCUUCACCCCACCAGGUAGCACAACCGACAACAAUGGCUACAGCGCACUUCCCACCGCCCGCGCCCCUUCGGCGACGUCCUUCACGGUGAAAUCCAACGGUGAGCUGCGCUUCUGCAAAAAGUGCCAGGCCCGCAAGCCGGAUCGUUCGCAUCACUGCUCUACAUGUCGCCGCUGCGUGCUCAAGAUGGACCACCACUGUCCCUGGCUCGCCACCUGCGUUGGCCUACGAAACCACAAGGCCUUCAUCCUUUUCCUCAUCUAUACCACACUCUUCUGCUGGUAUGCCUUUGCCGUCUCUGGCAUGUGGACCUACAACGAGAUCAUGCAGGACACCACGUAUGUCCAGGACCUAAUGCCAAUAAACUAUAUCAUGCUCUGCGUCAUCUCGGGCAUCAUCGGCCUCGUAGUCGGCGCCUUCACCAUCUGGCAUCUCGUGUUGGUUGGCCGUGGCCAGACCACCAUCGAGUGCCUCGAAAAGACGCGAUACCUGUCCCCUCUGCGCAAGUCUCUCCGAAACGCCUAUGACGCCCAGCACAGCGGCCACGGCAUCCCCCUGCCGGCCUACGGCCAGCAGAUCCUUGAGAUGCACGAGAAUAUCGCACCGGGGAUAACGCGGCCCGAGGAGGGCGAGGACUACGCCGGCGGCGGCCAGCCGCUCUCGACCAUCCCCCAGCGCGACGGCAACGGUGCCAUGUACAGCGAUGUGCCUGGCCCGGAGGGUCAGAUGGGCCGCCGUCUGACAUACGACGAGCUGGAACGGUACCGGGCCCGCAAGCGCUACGACGAAUACCUCGACGAGCAGGACAGCGCUAAGCUCCCCAACGUCUUCGAUCUCGGCGUCCGCCGGAACUACCUCCAUCUUUUUGGCCACAAUCCCUGGCUCUGGCCUAUCCCCAUCUGCACCACUACCGGCGACGGCUGGUCCUGGGAGCCCAGCCCCAAGUGGAUCGAGGCGAGGGACAAGCUCGCCCUCGAGCGGGAGCAGCAACGGGCCAGGGAGCGCGCCGCCGGCUGGGGCAUGCCAGACGAUGCACAGGACCACGCCUCGGGCGCGCCGCCGCCGUGGAGCCAGACGUCACAAGCAGCACCGGUUUACGCGCAGAAUGGCCAGCAGCGGACGCACGACGAGUUCCACAACAUAGCUUCUCCGGCGGCCGGCGGGGCUGGCAGGCACUACAACAGGAGCCCCAUCGCCGGUGCCCGCGUCCCUUCCAAAGCCGACCGGGUUCUCGGUAGAGAUCCAAGCCUGUACGUGGACGCGGCGCCGUCGCAACCCCCGCCUGUGUCUCUUUCCAUGCGCCGCCUCGGCCCCAAGGGACGGGACGAUCUCCUCGAUGAUUAUGACGAUGACUACGACGACGAUGAUCAUGCUGCCGUCCUCGAGCAGGACUUUGCCGCCCCGAUGGGCACAGCCAAGGACAUUGCAACAGAUAGGAGAUCGCCUGGCCUGAGGCCGGAUAUGGACUGGGGUCGGGGAGGCGCGAGCGGCCUGCUCAGGGGCAGCAGCGCCAUGGGCCCGCGGUCACCCGUCACGGCCGGCAGGGCGAGGGGUGAUUCGGACGUUGGUGUUGAUUAA